AUGCCGACUUCUACAGAGUUCUUUGGUGUCACUGCCUAUAACCUGGGUCCGUUGACUACAACCUUCUCGGCACCGUCGGCCUGUGCAACUGGCACCGACCACCAUGUUAUUGUCAACGCAAGCGAACCCGAAAUGGUAUGGGGCUAUCCGACAUGCGGUUUCCAAGACCGUGGUAGCUGUAUGCCUAGCGGGAAGUCUUAUGAUUCGCUGCGAAGUGUGACUAUACCGCUGAAUCGGGCUUGGUAUCAUUAUUACUCGCCUGGCAUAGCCUGUCUAUCUGGAUGGACAACCGCUGGAACCAUGAUCAAAGAGGGAGAAUCAUCUCUCAGCGUAUCCGGCGUUUUUUCAAGCCGCAUACAGGCGUCUACCACCGGAGCGGUGCAACUCGAGCCUGCUGACUUCUGGGCCGAAAUUAUGAACGUGUCGGAGACAAUUGCCUAUUGUUGUCCAAGUGAUUACAUAGCAAACCCCGCCGGACACUGUUUCUCAACGGUCGGUCCAAGGAGUGAAUUCAAUUAUUCGUCCAUGUGCUACACUCCAGCGCCGGUGGACAUAAUAACUGUCACGAGUUUGGAUGGCGCUUCGCUAACGCAGCCAUUGAUUUCUUUCGACGUUCUGACAACACCAGCUUCAACGUAUCUGGAUGGCAGACUGCUUACUCAGUCACGGUAUUCAAGUGACUUUGUUGUUGCUACUUGGGUGCCUGCUGUACCUUUGAUCCACCAGCAGUCUGAUGUAGACGAAGCGGAUGAUGAGGAUGAUGAAGAAAAUGAUGGUGGAGAUGAUGGUGAUGGCGAGGAUACUGAUGGAAAUGCUGCUUCCACCAAAACUCCAGGGAACGGAAUUGUGAGUGUCCUUGGGCUGACUUUGGGUGCACUGGCUGGUAUGGGCAUGCUUCUGUGA